CUGGUUACCGGACUUUUGCUUAUAAAAAACGCCACCCCGCUUCUCACAAGUGUCUCUUCCGAGCCUUUCUUCAUUCAUUUGUUUUGUUUCUCUGUUCAAAGGUUGAAACUUCAUUUUCUCUUUACCAAAAUCCUUCUACCUCUUCAAAUGGCACAGAAGGUGGUGUUGAAGGUCAUGACCAUGACUGAUGAGAGGACAAAGCAGAAAGCCAUUGAAGCCGCGGCCGAUAUCUACGGAGUUGAUUCGAUAACGGCAGAUCUGAAGGAGCAGAAGCUAACAGUGAUAGGAGAGAUGGACACAGUGGGUGUGGUAAAGAAUUUGAAGAAAGUGGGGAAAGUUGAUAUCAUCUCAGUAGGCCCAGCCAAAGAAGAGAAAAAAGAAGACAAGAAAGAAGAAAAGAAAGAUGACGGCAAGAAAGAGGAGAAGAAAGAAGACAAGAAAUAAAAUUAAUCCACCAAUAUUCCCCCAUUUACAACUACUAAUUUUCAUUCCUUUUUUAGUUGUGUUGUGUGGCAAAACUUUUUUUAGUUGGCAUUUUGGAAUUGGGACUUCUUUUAGUUUGAGAUUAAAGAUUUUGUUUGGAUUGA